AUGCCAAAAGACGACUCAAAGAACCAUCAUCCUCGCCCCGAUGCCGGCGCUUCCGCAUCCAGCGCCACAGACGAUGCCGACACCAAGGGCAAACCAAAAAAAGUGCUGCGUGCAUGUGACGCCUGUCACCACCGUCGUGUCCGUUGCAAUCACAACAACCCUUGCGACAAUUGCAUACGACUCAACAUCAACUGUACCUGGAUCAAAGCGUCCAAGGGCAAGCAGGCUUCAGGGAGACGCAUCGACCUCCUUCGAAAAGGUCACAACCCCGCUGCCUCUGAGUUACCUCCUUCGCCAUCCAGCCAGCAAAGACCGCUGUCGGAACAUGCUCCCAUGACGGCACCCAGCCCCUCCGGGUCGCGCAUCGUCCUUCCUCCUCCUGGACACGCGCAGCCACCAGCCAAUUCGCCACGUCACUAUCCACAACCGCCUUCCGCACCCUCGGCCAUGAGCCCUCCUGGCUUGCCCGCCAGCGCUGCCUCACCUUCCUCCAUGAUGCCCUCAAGCCUGUACUCGCGCGAUCCACCCUCGGCCUCGUCCAGGAACUCAUUUGGCGGCGGAGGUCACAACAGGUACGACUCUAAUGCGCAGUCCAAUUCGGGCGGGCCAUUACCGCAUGCUUCCCCGUCUUCACACUGGUCUAGCCCCACGUCUCGCUCGCCUGGUCAUCGCUACCCAUCCCACGGUGCAUACAAUCCGCACGACUACCCUCCCGCGCAUCUGGCGCCCUCCUCUACCUCCUCCUCUGGCUACCACCACCAUGCUCAUCCUUCUUACCCGCAGCAAUCGCCAUCGCAUGCAUAUUCACACCACCAGCAGUACCAGCACGUGCCGCCACCACCGCAUCAUGCCUCUGCAGCUCAGCCUCUCCCUCCGCGACGCCCUUCGAACGCCGGCAUGGGCAGUGUCCAUGGUCCCAAUGCUGCAGUCUCAUCUGCUUCCCACCUCGGCUUUUUACCUGGCGAGACCUUCUCCGAAGGGCUGGGUGGGUCGUUCUCAGAGAUCGCACCCGACGUCGCAGCAGGACUCCGUCUGCCGGACUUUGGCACCUCACUGGCUGACUCGUACCUCAAUCCGCAAGAGGGUGUUGAUCGUCGACGCAAUGUCUUGUUGGACAUGAAUGCAGCAGGUAUGCCGCACGGCGGCCACGGUAUCCACGCCAACGGCAUGGGCGGCAGCGUCAACGAAUUUGCGGGCUCGCAAGAUCCUUAUAGCAACGGCGGAGGUCAUGCGAGAACCUUCCUCGACAUACUCGGUCAGAACAGUCAGAUGCUUGGCGGCCCUAGCUCCACCCCCGGCUCCGUCACUCAUUCCGAGACCGAACUUGCCGGCAACGAGCCACAUCCGCUCUCGGAUUCGGUGCUCAUUCCCAGCAUCGCCAUCUUCUUCGAGCGUCUUCAGUCCAUCAUGCCUGUCUUCACCAGGGCCUGGAUCUUUGGCAAGAUCGACCGCGGAGAGCACCGCGCAGACCCGCAGCUUGGCGCCAUGCUCAUCGCUCUCUCCGCUUUUGCGCUUUGCCAGCCGGUCGACUCGAGCGAUCCCGUCGACGGCUCCUCUCGCAAGCGCAAAGUGCGCCGGCUGCUCGAGGAGUCGGUCAAGAUGCGCAACAGUGCGUUUCUCGGCAGUCAUCCUUCGCUUGAGGCUAUCAUGGCGUCUUUCUUUAUCUUUGGCACCUUGUUCGGUCUCGGUGAAGAAAAUGCGGCGUGGUUCCGUCUGCGCGAGGCAGUCACCCUAGGCUACCUCCUGCGUAUUCACGAGACGUCAUCAUACGAGCACCUCGACAAAGAUGAGCAGGAGCGUAGACUUCGCGCUUAUCUCUUGCUUGCCAUCACAGAGCGUGCCUACGCCAUCCAGUCUGGCUCUUCGAUCACCUUCCGAGGCAACCCACGCAAAGCGACCGAUUCUAUCAGGCGCAAGUUUGACGUCUCGCAGCUUCAGGAUUUCCCCAACCUGCAGAGUCGACUGUUUGAUGUGGUGGAUGAAAAGUUCGUCGAUUGCUGGAACAGGAAAUGCCCCGGUCCUGGGUGCGACUAUCUUGACGCCAAACGAGCCGUUCAGCUGCACCGCGCCAUCAUGGAAAGCGACGAAGACGAGCAAAAGGAGAAGGACUCGUUCAACCGCGAUCACCCCGGCGGCGGGCCUUCGCGUCGAGAUAGCUCCUUCAACGAUCGAAGGCAUCAUCCCUAUGGCGGCAGCCAAAAGACCAAGAUGGAAGAUUGGGCAGGGAACGGUGGAAGCGGAGGGCAUGCCAACAAGUCGGACUGGGACAAGAGCAAGGUGCAGAAAGCUGAUGUCGAGGUAACGCGCCAGUGGCUGUUGAACAGGCUGUGGAUGACAUGCCGCUCGCAUGCGCUGCUUACUGCCGAUGCCGAGGAGGAACCGUUAAGGAUCGACUAUGCCAUCGACAUUGCGCGCGAAACACUGCGCGUCUGUAACUCCCUUUCGCUGCGGUCCAUGGAGGCACACGGCAUCGGUCUCACGCGAAAGCUCAACGACAUCGCACAGACGCUCGUCAUUGUCUGUCGAGACUAUCCGGCCAUCGCCAUGUCUGUCCCUUUUGAAGGCGACCCGAUCAAGACCGACCCCACGCUGUUCGGGCCGUACUUUGGCCCCUCCCCACCGGAAGCAUCCGCCGCCAGCGGCAGUCAACAUCAUCAGUCGCCGCCCUCCAAUAUCGACUCGGCGAACGCAAAUGUGGACCAUCCUUCGGCCAAUUCGUCGACCCUGGGCAGAGGGGUUGUGCCGCUGGACAAGGCCUUCUCGCCCUCGUAUGCCAUCGAAGCCAUAUUGCAUAAGUAUCUGGACAUCUUUAAGAGAUUCAGGGGCGGUGACCACCCGUACUUGCCGCAGUUGGUCGAGGCCGUCAAGGAGCUGCCCAAGAUGGCCGAGUUGAGCUUUGAUCGCUUCCUGCGCGAGAUGGGCUUGUGCUGA